AUUAACAUAGUGACCAAAAUGCCCCAAGUGUAUCUACUAAUAUUCAUAAUAUAUAUAUGUAUGUACCCAAAAUAUAUUCUUCAUUUCUAUUCUCAUUUCUAAUUUGAGUAGAGAUAAAAUGAUGAUGAUAUACAUAUUUAUAUGAUAAACUUCAUUGAUCCAUGAAGAAGUGACAUGGAUAAUCAAAUUCAAGGGUUAAAUAAUAACGUCAUUAUGGAGCCGUCUUCUUCAUCAAACCCUAAUCUUCCGGGUUUCCCAUUUCCUAAUCACCAAUCCCCAAUGCUUGAGUUGGAUUAUGAUUAUCUUGAUAAUUUCUUAUCAAAUGGAGAGUGCAAUUUGGUCCAAGAAAACCUUCCGGAUCCGGUUUUCAAGGUGCCUGAACCUCCAGUUCUGCCAGUAAAUGAUAACAACAACAACGACAGUAGCAACGGAUGCAAGAAUAAGAAGGCGAAGAACGGUUUGGUUGCUCGAAAGACUAACCCAAUUUGUCCCACCGCCGCACCUUACAAUCCAAGGGAGAGGGAGAAGUUCUUGGGGGGAGGCACAACUGCCAAUAUUGAGGAUGCAUUGUUGAAGAAGAAGUGGAGGUAUCCCAGCCUUGGCGGUGGUAAAACUUCCACCGCCACCGCGAAAACUUCCAUUACCGCCCCCACCGCCUCUUCGUCGCGCUUCGCCGCUUCAGGGAGUCUUCCGAAUCCAUCUUCGUGGUCUCAAAUGGAUGGAAAUGCCGGGUCAAGUAGGACGAGCGUGCCACAUUACGGGUCCACGUUGUUCGGUGGGACCAAGAACGAUCGACCUCUCUUUGGAAAUCAGAACCACAUGUCAUCGUCAUCGUCGUCAUCUUGGCAAGACUUGCUACGCCCGAUGUCAUCGUCGUUGUUGUCGAGACAUGAUGACAUCCCCUUAUUAACCUAUGAACUCUUGAACCCACCGGUGGACAACACAAUAUUGUUUCGAAUUACCAAUGAGGGUGACCCUUCCAAGGGAGAAAAUGCCAAGUGGAAAAUAACGCCAUACUUAAACCCCAACGCCAACAAGAACAAGAACACCAACAGUGAUUUGACACGAAACAAUAUUAGAAUUGGUGCCAAAAACACACUACAUGAUGUUACUGUUUUACCCUCAACAGUCCCAAAUCCCAAUGCUUACUUCACACCUGGGAUGGGAGUGGGAAUGCAGCAAGGGCAGCACGAGGCGGUGGUGGGCACCAACUUCAACAACCAGACCAGCGGCAGCCGCCUGCCGGAGACAUCUUACACCCCGGCAACCAACACGUCAUCAUGGGACGAUAUAUUGGCGGCUGCCACCGCAUGCUUAACUGGUCCUGGUCCGGCACUGGCCACACCUCAGAUGGGUCCAGGACAACACUUCCAAGCCCCAGCUGGGAAUCAAGGCAUGGAAUCAUGGCAACCCUAUCCCCAUGUCCAGGCGGUGAACUACGUGCCCGGGCCACAACAAUUCCAGGCCCCACCUCAAAAUGUCGCUGCGACAGUAGGUCAAGACAGGGAAUCAUGGCAACCCCAUGUCCAGACGGAGAACUACGGGUCCGGGCCACAACAAUUCCAAGCCCCACAUGGAAAUGUCACCGCGACAAUAGGUCAAGACAUGGAAUCAUGGCAACCCCAAGUUCAAACGCAGAACUACAGGCCUGGGCCACAACAAUUACAAACCACACCUAGAAAUGUCACUGCGACGAUGGGUCAAGACAGGGAAUCAUGGCAACCCCAAGUUCAAAUAGAGAACUAUGGGCCCGGAACACAACAAUUCCAAGCCCCACCUGGAAAUGUUGCUGCAACGGGGGCAACGACAAGUCAAGACAAGGAAUCAUGGCAACCCCAAGUUCAUCCGGAGAACAACGGGCCCGGGCCCAUGGACACCACAGACAUUGACGACUUCAUUAACUUUGAUGCUAUGAUGAACUAUUGGUCAGAGUGUGACCUCGACCAGUAUGAGAAGUUCGGGUCUGACAUCUAAUCAUAGCAUUGAUCAAUUGUUGUUAAGCAACCUUAAAACUGGAACCCAUAGUGUUUUACUUCAUUUUUUUUUCUUGUGUUGUUAUACGGUUAUACCUCGAAAUUGCAGGACAUGUUUAAAACCUUGAAUAAAAAAAUUCAAACUUA